UCCUCUUUCCUCUUCCGGGAAGAGGAGCGAGGCUUGCGAGACAAAUGCAAUAGAGAAUUUUCUUCAAGAUAACUUCGCGCUUCCCACGUCGCUUUGUCAGACGUCAUGGAUCGACGGGAUCGUUUAUCGUAUUCCUGUUUCUUUAAAAUUACGAAUAGCAUGAAUGUUAGAACUCAAUUAGAAAUAACAAGAAUCCAAAACGUUGUUUAAACAGAUUCUUAUUAUAUUGCGCGCCGCGGUGUGUGUGUGUUCGAUUUUAUAAAUUUGUUACGGGCAUCCUCGAUUUGUUUGGCGGCAUAUCCAAUUUAGUGGCUCAAAGGACGAUGGCGUGCGUGGAGAUUAAUAAUGUUCGGGCAUCUAUUCAUGGCCCGGGGCGUGCCGGCGGGAUAGAUUUUCGGUUCUAUGAAAUUCUGAAUAAAAUAGCUUGUACACCCCCGUGCAGCGCGUAGCGGCGCAUGAAACGUGUCCCAAAUUCUUGAUACCAUUAAUUUAAUGUCGUAGGGGUGAGCGAGAGUGGUCGCGGCCGCGCGAUCAAUAAUGAUUAUCGCGGUUGUUUCCAUGGAUAUAUCAAAGCUGACCGUACACGAUGCCUAAGGAAAUAGCGCCUUUUUUGCGAUGGCGCGUCUCUUUUGCAAUGAAUAUCGUACGAAAUUGCAAUAAUGUUAAUGGUCAAUAAUGAUCUAAGAAUUGUCAGUUUGCACCCUGUUUACACUCGGAAGGGCUACGAUUUCUAUUGAUACGAAUGCUAUUGAUACGAGAUUUGCUCGGGCUGUCUCGCUCGAGUUACCAGCGAAUGCUCUCCUCAUCGAUCGCGGCAGAUUGUCACGAUGUGUGUGAUUCCACGUACGCACUAUUUGCGUACCCAUUAUCAGAGGAUUAUCUGGGACGAAACCCCUCCCAAAUAUAUCAAAACUCUUUUCUGUUGUCACAGAAUGAUAUUUGAUAUUCAGUACAUCUAUCUAUCGUGCGUCGUCCCGUGUUUUUUAAAGUCACGCGUGUGAAUUUUGAUUUUGAAUUUUAACCACGACGAAUCGCUCGAUUGCUAUUUUUUGUUAACGAAAAUUCAGAAAAUGUUAUUGAAGAAUUUAUUAAUAUCGCAGAGAAUUCAGCAAUGUAAUUCAGUAAUGUGGCCAAUUAAUGAGAGUUAGUGAUUCGGGACCUCAAAGGCAUUCCUCGCAUUGUCGUCUCGCAGUAAUUAUUAUUGUUUGCAGUCAGUAAAUGAAACUGUUCGCGGGAUCAAAGUUACGUUUUACAUCAAUUUCCAGCGCAUAAUAGAUAAUUUUAAACAUCUAUCAUAGUUUGAUCUUUAUCUUGAUAUUGUUAGCGUGCCUGUGACAAGUUAUAUACUCACACGCGUCUUGCAUUCGAAUAAAAACACAGUUAAUAUUCGGUACGUACGGUCCAAAUAAAAAUUGUGUAUGAAAAAUAUCGAAAAUAUAGAACUGCAAAAUAUUUGAAAUAGCUUUCGCACACGCGUACGUGUGACUUUUUAUUUGACAACACUGUGUAACGAAAAUUUCAUUUAUGGUGCGAAUAUCGUACUCGUUGAAAUCCGUUUAAAGGGCGCCGAUUUUCGAAGGUUGCAAUUCGCUCGUAUAUUAAUUGGUAAGUUAAAUGCGACAUAAUCGACCACACAUUUUCCCGCGUAUGGAAUUCAUCUGCGACAUUUAUCAGUUUAAAGGCAUGCUAUUAGAACGCUAAAACUCUUCACAAAUGCGGGGUGAUAGCUAGUAAAACGCUGAACAUAUCAUCAUCUUUUCUCACCCCGAGUGUUAAUCCUUAAGCUACCCCGAAGGGAUUCAAGGGGGAUCCCGCCGUUGUCUGAUGAUCCAGCUCCUUCUGAGCUUGACGGUACAUGUACUAGGCAUCGAUUCAACUGAUAACUCGCUGAGAAUCGAGCCCAGUGUAAUGUAACGUCACAGUUUUCGCCAGCUUGCAGAACUCUUGCUGCCUCCCUCGUUCCACCCCGAUGUCCCAAGUAGGCGUGGUUCGCCAGACGUGCGAGUUGCUCCCCUGCUGAAAAUUUCCUGCGCAAAGGAAAUGGGUCGAGAUCUCUCGUCACGAGUGCACCAAUACGAGACGAAGGAGAAUGCAAUGAAACCCGCGUUCACGAAUAUUACCGAGAUGUAUGGCAUGAUCGUGAUGUGCAGACGAUCAAAAUCCUUGAGAUAUCCCGGUAAGCACACGUACAAUUACGAGCUAUGGACGCUCGAGCCGGACAUCUGGGGCCUCGUCGGAUACAGCGUGAUCAUACCCAUAGUCUCCGCACUCGGGAUAAUCGGUAACGCUCUGAUCCUCGCGGUCCAUCUCAGAGCGAAGACAUACUUGAAAGCGUCAGUAUUCACGUAUUUGGCAGCAGUGCUUGCGUCUUCGGAUCUGGUUACUUGCAUCCUGCUUCUCUUCUCCGGGUUGGCCAGGGGCGUUUUUCGAUGUCACAAGGGGUGGCUGGAGUUCGACGCGUUCGUGCACUUCCCGAUCGGCUCGGUCACAUCAAAUAUCACGGUGUGGGCUACCUUAGGCGUCAGCGUCGACAGAUUAAUAUUAGUUUCUAGCAUGCCGCGGAGCAAACCACCAAAGUUCUGCAGCCAACAAGUUGCGCGCAAACUGAUGGUCUUUGCCACCUGCUUCGCCAUAUUGAUCAACAUACCCUACUGCUUCAUGUACACGUACAACAACCGCGGCGAUCUGGUCACGACCAAGUUCUUCCAUUCACGGUGGUACAAUCUUCAAAAUUGGCUGCAGUUUGUAAUAUUUGGCUUGAUACCGGCUGGUUUUCUACUGAUCGCGAACGUGAUCAUGUGCUGCUCCGUGAGAAAGCUCCUCAAGCAAAGAGACGUGCUGCUGAGACGCAAACGCAUACGCGAAGGGAACCGUCUGCGGGAUCAAGCGCGACUGACAACCAUGCUGAUCGGCAUCGUUUUCCUGUUUGUCGUGGGUGAACUGCCAACACAUCUGGCAUCACGUCGCAGUGCGGUGUCGCUGCUUUAUGGCAAUGACGCCUCCAAAGUCCACGAAGUCUUCAUGGAAAGAUUUCGCUUUUGGGCGACUCUCCUCAACGCGCUAGCGAGUUCGACGAAUUUCAUACUUUAUUGCUUACUGAGCCCUUGCUUUCUCGUACACCUGAAGCGCAUGCUGGUGCCGGAGCAUAUUGCGAGGAGAAACUAUGGCAGGAGACCGAUAGCCUACUUUCAUCAGCAACCGAACGGCAAAGCGAAGUGUGAAAUAUUCGUGGUGUAAUGUUGUGUAAUAUGCCAGUGAUGA